UUAGAUCCGGUCGAAUUAUUUCACAAAUUCUGAUUGGACAAGAGGCGUUCUACACGUCACUAGGAGUGAGGGUAUCCUCCAACACUCUAUGAAUGACUCUUCACAUCUAAUAAUCACUCCGCGACCAAAGAUACAAAGUAACCGUUACACCAACAUUCCAUUCCAUCAUUCCACAAAAUACAUACAUAAACAAGCGAGAAGUAAUCGAGGAAGUUGACAGGUAGCCUGGAGAAGAAAAAAAGAAUAGCUAUGGACGAGUUUAUCAUUAAUUUCGAUCUGAAGUAUGAAUCAGAUGAGGAGGAGAGGGAGGAAAGGGCAAACAUGGAGGUUACGCCGAACAUCGCAACAAGAGCUGUCAAAUUAACCCAGCAAGAAUUGGACUCCAUAGAAAAGAGCCGACACGAAGGGAAUACCGUUAAACAAACUUCGUGGGCAGUGAACUGCUUUACGAGUUGGCUGCAAGAGCGCAAGUAUACAGCGGAUCUCAAAACAAUAUCAAAGGCUGAAUUAGGCCAUAUGCUUAGAGAAUUUUAUGGUUCGAUAAGAACAGUGAAAGGGGAAAUGUAUGGCAUUAGCAGCUAUGCUGGGCUGCGGGCAGGGCUCAAUCGCCAUCUCAACGAGCCUCCCCUUAGCCGCAAUAUUAAUAUAAUGCUGGACACUGAGUUCGCAGCGGCUAAUAAUGUGUUCAAAGGUGUCCUCAAACAAAUCAGGAGAGCUGGAAGAGACAAAACAACACAUCACCCACCCAUCUCAAAUGAAGACCUUCUAAUACUGAAAACCAGCACAGCCCUGCAGCCAAGCAACCCUAAAAGUUUAUUACAGAAGGUGUGGUUUGAUAUCCAGCUACAUUUCGGGCGAAGAGGCUGCGAGGGCAAUAGGCAGCUGAAACCUGACUCAUUUACACUGGCAAGAGACGAAAAUGGCUGCCAGUACUACACCAUGACGUUUAAUGAAGAAACGAAAAAUCACAAAAAUCCGAUGGAGAGGACCAGAGAGAACAACAGAGGAGCAAUGUAUGAGGAGCCCGGUAAUCCCCUCUGCCCAGUGGCCUCCCUCACGAAAUACCUGCAGAAGAUCCCGGCAGAUGGGAAAGCGCUUUACCUUCAUCCUAGGCGGCAUGUAUCUCCCACAGACGAUGUUUGGUACACCACUGUCCCAGUUGGGAUAAAUCAACUGAGCCAGAUGCUCCCACGUUUGAGUUUGGAUGCCGGGACGAAGGUGCGCUACACCAACCACAGCUUAAGAGCCACGGCCAUCCAGAAGCUGUCAGACGCAGGACUCGCGGCAAGAGAGAUCAUGGCAGUGAGUGGGCAUAGAUCAGAGAGCUCUCUUGUGAGCUAUUGGCGCCCCUCUAUGGAGAGCAGAAAGCGGUGGAGCCAUGUACUUGGAGACCAUCACCAAACUGGAGACCAUCAGCAAAUAACGUCAGCAAAAUUGGAUCAGCAGCAGCUAUCCACCUGUUUCACCCCACCACCUGUUUCAGACUGCCAGCCAGGGCCCUUUCUCAGCGGCUGCACAAUUGCAGGGAACGUUCAGAUCAACGUCUACAAAUAGGCAGGCAGCGCCGUGGUGCGCGUUGCGCGUUGCGCGGCAACCAAAGACAAUAACUGGAACUAUUUUUCGGAGCGGAGGAACAAGCAAAUACACAAUCAAAUAAAAUAAUGAAUAUAAUUUAACAUCA